GGGACUAUUUUUGAAUGCGGAUGGAUAUCAGUGAGUGACGUAUGCAGCCUCCCCCAUAUAUGUAACGUUGCAGUGAACUACGGCAGUAUCAGACUUUUAGUCGACGCAGACAGAGCCAGAGCUUCUACGCUUGAGACUAAAAACUACGUGGCGAACGUUAAACCAUGCAGAUCUUUGUCAAGACCCUCACUGGCAAGACCAUCACCCUCGAGGUUGAGCCUAGUGACACAAUUGAAAAUGUCAAAGCUAAGAUCCAGGACAAGGAAGGCAUUCCCCCAGAUCAGCAGAGGCUGAUCUUUGCUGGCAAGCAGCUGGAAGAUGGCCGCACCCUCUCCGACUACAACAUCCAGAAGGAGUCCACCCUCCAUCUUGUCCUGCGGCUCAGGGGAGGCAUGCAGAUCUUCGUCAAGACCCUCACUGGCAAGACCAUCACCCUGGAGGUUGAGCCCAGCGACACCAUUGAAAAUGUUAAGGCCAAGAUCCAGGACAAGGAAGGUAUUCCCCCAGAUCAGCAGAGGCUGAUCUUUGCUGGCAAGCAGCUGGAAGAUGGCCGCACCCUCUCCGACUACAACAUCCAGAAAGAGUCCACCCUCCAUCUUGUCCUGCGUCUCAGGGGAGGCAUGCAGAUCUUCGUCAAGACCCUCACUGGCAAGACCAUCACCCUGGAGGUUGAGCCCAGCGACACCAUUGAAAAUGUUAAGGCCAAGAUCCAGGACAAGGAAGGUAUUCCCCCAGAUCAGCAGAGGCUGAUCUUUGCUGGCAAGCAGCUGGAAGAUGGCCGCACCCUCUCCGACUACAACAUCCAGAAAGAGUCCACCCUCCAUCUUGUCCUGCGUCUCAGGGGAGGCAUGCAGAUCUUCGUCAAGACCCUCACUGGCAAGACCAUCACCCUGGAGGUUGAGCCCAGCGACACCAUUGAAAAUGUUAAGGCCAAGAUCCAGGACAAGGAAGGUAUUCCCCCAGAUCAGCAGAGGCUGAUCUUUGCUGGCAAGCAGCUGGAAGAUGGCCGCACCCUCUCCGACUACAACAUCCAGAAGGAGUCCACCCUCCAUCUUGUCCUGCGUCUCAGGGGAGGCAUGCAGAUCUUCGUCAAGACCCUCACUGGCAAGACCAUCACUCUUGAGGUUGAGCCCAGCGACACCAUUGAAAAUGUUAAGGCCAAGAUCCAGGACAAGGAAGGUACCCCAGAUCAGCAGAGGCUGAUCUUUGCUGGCAAGCAGCUGGAAGAUGGCCGCACCCUCUCCGACUAUAACAUCCAGAAGGAGUCCACCCUCCAUCUUGUCCUGCGUCUCAGGGGAGGCAUGCAGAUCUUCGUCAAGACCCUCACUGGCAAGACCAUCACCCUGGAGGUUGAGCCCAGCGACACCAUUGAAAAUGUUAAGGCCAAGAUCCAGGACAAGGAAGGUACCCCAGAUCAGCAGAGGCUGAUCUUUGCUGGCAAGCAGCUGGAAGAUGGCCGCACCCUCUCCGUAAACAUCCAGAAGGAGUCCACCCUCCAUCUUGUCCUGCGUCUCAGGGGAGGCAUGCAGAUCUUCGUCAAGACCCUCACUGGCAAGACCAUCACUCUUGAGGUUGAGCCCAGCGACACCAUUGAAAAUGUUAAGGCCAAGAUCCAGGACAAGGAAGGUAUUCCCCCAGAUCAGCAGAGGCUGAUCUUUGCUGGCAAGCAGCUGGAAGAUGGCCGCACCCUCUCCGACUAUAACAUCCAGAAGGAGUCCACCCUCCAUCUUGUCCUGCGUCUCAGGGGAGGCAUGCAGAUCUUCGUCAAGACCCUCACUGGCAAGACCAUCACCCUGGAGGUUGAGCCCAGCGACACCAUUGAAAAUGUUAAGGCCAAGAUCCAGGACAAGGAAGGUAUUCCCCCAGAUCAGCAGAGGCUGAUCUUUGCUGGCAAGCAGCUGGAAGAUGGCACCCUCUCCGACUACAACAUCCAGAAGGAGUCCAUCCAUCUUGUCCUGCGUCAGGGAGGCAUGCAGAUCUUCGUCAAGACCCUCACUGGCAAGACCAUCACUCUUGAGGUUGAGCCCAGCGACACCAUUGAAAAUGUUAAGGCCAAGAUCCAGGACAAGGAAGGUAUUCCCCCAGAUCAGCAGAGGCUGAUCUUUGCUGGCAAGCAGCUGGAAGAUGGCCGCACCCUCUCCGACUAUAACAUCCAGAAGGAGUCCACCCUCCAUCUUGUCCUGCGUCUCAGGGGAGGCAUGCAGAUCUUCGUCAAGACCCUCACUGGCAAGACCAUCACUCUUGAGGUUGAGCCCAGCGACACCAUUGAAAAUGUUAAGGCCAAGAUCCAGGACAAGGAAGGUAUUCCCCCAGAUCAGCAGAGGCUGAUCUUUGCUGGCAAGCAGCUGGAAGAUGGCCGCACCCUCUCCGACUACAACAUCCAGAAAGAGUCCACCCUCCAUCUUGUCCUGCGUCUGAGGGGAGGUAUGCAGAUCUUCGUCAAGACCCUCACGGGCAAGACCAUCACCCUGGAGGUUGAGCCCAUCGACACCAUUGAAAAUGUUAAGGCCAAGAUCCAGGACAAGGAAGGCAUUCCCCCAGAUCAGCAGAGGCUGAUCUUUGCUGGCAAGCAGCUGGAAGAUGGCCGCACCCUCUCCGACUACAACAUCCAGAAGGAGUCCACCCUCCAUCUUGUCCUGCGGCUGAGAGGCGGCAUGCAGAUCUUUGUGAAGACCCUCACGGGCAAGACCAUCACCCUCGAGGUUGAGCCCAGUGACACCAUUGAAAAUGUCAAGGCCAAGAUCCAGGACAAGGAAGGCAUUCCCCCAGAUCAGCAGAGGCUGAUCUUUGCUGGCAAGCAGCUGGAAGAUGGCCGCACCCUCUCCGACUACAACAUCCAGAAGGAGUCCACCCUCCAUCUUGUCCUGCGUCUGAGGGGAGGUAUGCAGAUCUUCGUCAAGACCCUCACUGGCAAGACCAUCACCCUGGAGGUUGAGCCCAGCGACACCAUUGAAAAUGUCAAGGCCAAGAUCCAGGACAAGGAAGGCAUUCCCCCAGAUCAGCAGAGGCUGAUCUUUGCUGGCAAGCAGCUGGAAGAUGGCCGCACCCUCUCCGACUACAACAUCCAGAAGGAGUCCACCCUCCAUCUUGUCCUGCGUCUGAGGGGAGGUAUGCAGAUCUUCGUCAAGACCCUCACUGGCAAGACCAUCACCCUGGAGGUUGAGCCCAGCGACACCAUUGAAAAUGUCAAGGCCAAGAUCCAGGACAAGGAAGGUAUUCCCCCAGAUCAGCAGAGGCUGAUCUUUGCUGGCAAGCAGCUGGAAGAUGGCCGCACCCUCUCCGACUACAACAUCCAGAAGGAGUCCACCCUCCAUCUUGUCCUGCGUCUGAGGGGUGGGCAAUAAAUUAUCCCUAGAUAUUACUUGAUUAACAUGACAACCUGACCAAAUAAAAGAUGAGAUUGAA